GGACAACUGCGAUAACGGAGACUCCCCUCAGACAGUGCCUAGGGAUGUUUUAACCCCGCCCCCUUAGCUCGCGAGCUCCUCCUCUUCCUCUGGCAUUUCCGCCUCUUCCUUUCCCCCCACACCACACCUUGUUCCUGCACUGGGGGCUUCCGGGUAAGGUGAGUGAAAUGACAUCAUUAUACCUGAAGAAAUUACUGGAUCUGGCUGGAAGGAAAGAAAUGAACUCCAUAAUUCGGUAUAUUACCAGCGUCAGGGUGCAGCCAGAGAAAAACACAGCAAUAGCUCAGAUUUGGCUUAAAACAGUACAUGAUAAGAAAGGCUCUAGCAAUCGAGCAUUCUGCACAAACGUAAUUGAAGAGAAAAGAAAAAAGAAAAAUGCCAAAGAAACUUUUGAAAGUGUUGGGAGGAGAAUUCCAUACAACAGGAUACAACUAAUUGAUGAGAAUGGCGAAGACAUGGGAGAAAUGCAUAGAGCAAAUGUACUUCGUAUCAUGGAUGAAAGAGGGAUGAUUCUUGUCCUGCUGUCUGAAAAAACAGAUCCACCCAAGUAUGGACUAAUGACAGGAAAACAAAUUUAUGAAGAACGUCUCAAAAUUAGAGAUGAGAAAGCCAGCCCCAAAGAAGGGUCUGUUCAACAAAAGAUUAUUAAAAUGUCCACAGUUACAGAGCAACAUGAUUUCAGUACAAAAGUAAAACAAAUUCAGGAAUGGAUUGACAAGAAGUACCAUGUGAAAAUUAUGCUGCAUCAAAAAACUAUUUCAGAUGGACCGGAAAAGAUGUUAACAUUUUUUGAUAAGAUUUUGGAUACAAUGCGUGAGAAAGCCACGUAUCACUCCAAGCCCUCUAUUGGUGCAGAAGGAAGGAGUACCUGUAUAUUGAGACAUUUAUCAAAGAAAGAGAUCCAGAAAUUAAAUCUUGUGGAGAAAAAUAAAGAUAUUCAGAAGGAGAAUGGAAGCAAUGUUACGGACUCAGAUGUAACCAAGCAGUGAUUGUUUUUUUCCUAAAAUGAAAUGGAAAAAGAAUACAAGAAGUGAUUUUGGUGCACC